AUGCUCAGGAUCACAGCUUAUGAUUAUGUGCUCCGCAGCCCGAUGCCCCCGAACACGGGAUUGAUCUGCUACGCAGACCAUACCUUGGUCGUAGCAGGAGGGCGCUGGUGGUACGAGACGGCCGAGGUGGCCACGGAGGCCACUCGACGAGCAGUAAGGGCCAUUGGAGACCUAGGGCUGAGGGUGGCUCCAGCCAAAACGGAGGUGCUAGGUUUCUUCAACCGGAGGUGCAGAGGACCGCCCCCGUCAGGAUUGGCAAUAUCAGUGGACGGGGAGGAGGUUCAAGUGGGGCGGCAGAUGAGCCUCGUAAUUGAUGAUCAGUGGACCUUUGAGCCCCACUUCGAGCUCCUCGCCCUGAAAGUAACAGCCGUGGCCAAUGCCCUCUGCGGUAUCCUCCCGAACAUCGGAGGAGCCGGUGUAGGGGUACGGCUGUAUGACGGGGUGGUCAGAGCAAGAGUUCUGUAUGGCGCGCCGGUCUGGGCGAAGGACCUGACGGCGAGCAGACGCAGCCAGGCCUUACUGCAAAAGAUACAAAGAGCUCUGAGGAUAGUAAGAGGGUACAGGACGAUGUCGUAUGCGUCCGCGAUCGUCCUGGCGGCAUUCCUUCCCUACGUGCUGCAAGCCCUGGCUCUCCAGAAGAUUUAUGAGGGAAAGAGAGCCAGGAGGCGAGAUGAAGAAAUAGAGGACCCUAACAUCAGGGCAGAGAUAGAGGAAGAGACGUGGGAAAGAUGGCGAUCCCAGCUAAUAGAAGAGGCAGAAAAACAGUCCCACCGUGCAGUAGACGCCGUACUGCCCAUAUGGGAUAAGUGGAAAGAAGCGCGGGGUGUCCCGCUGAUCUGCAGGUUAACCCAGGUUCUCCCGGCCACGGAGUGUUCGGGGAGUUCCUGCUGA